AUGGCGCAGCCCAAGCGCGCCCUGAUGCCAAGCGGAAGAGGAGAGUGUCUUAUUACACUCCAUUCCCACCCCACACCCCCUCCCCUUUCUCCACCUCCUCCAAUCAGGCACGACGAGGAGUUGAAACUGAAACUGCACCCCGCCAGCCUGCCUGUGACUUACUCACGCACGGGUCAAGAUAUGACGGACAAACGGGAGGAGGUGUCUCGUUCUAAUUUCACUGGCGCUAUUGCGCGCGUUCUUCGUGGGCAGCAAAAGAAGCGCAGUUUGACAGGAGCCAUCGGGCAAGACGCUGUGUUAUCAGCCAGAGUUAUCAUCAUCACCAUCACCAUCAUCCCCAUCGUCGUCGUCGUCAUCAUCAUCAUCACAGGACUCCUCAGCCUCAAAAAACCCCACCGUGGAAUUAAUUGUCAGGAGAGCAUAAAUUUUCAUGCCCCCUCCCCUCCACUCCGUUCGUGGUGGAAGGCAAGGCGCGAUAAGGAGGCAUUUUGUGUUGUGUGUCAAAAACGAUGCCGCCGCUGGCAUGUUCCCUGCAGCCAACCUAAUGGGUGUGCGUCGACACCCCCCCUCUGCAACCCCUGCCACCACCACCGCCGCCUGCCAUUUCCUCCCACACGAUUCAAUCUGAGCGCCAAGUGGCGCGAUGUGGUGGGUGACAUAAUUUUGAGCGAGCAUCAUCCCUCAGUGACGCUGCCGAAGGAGGUCUAUCAAAGCCUGAUAAUCAAGUCCUCGGGCAGCGCAACUCGACUCAUUCGACUGUUGAUGAAGAGUUUUUUCACCCAGGAGGAACUGGCAGCCUCGUCUCUGUCUGGCGAGGGCAUCUACAAACAGCGCCUUCAACCAGAAAUUACUGAGGCUAUUAAAGGUAUGGUAUGA